CUUGCAGUUACGGCCACACUCGUAAAAACGAGACUUGAGAUCAAUGACGGACCCUAUCUGGCUAUCAGUAUACGUGCACAAAAUCUUUGAUUCUCCAUUGAUACUGGGCCAUAAAGGCGGUAUUGAGGUGACGCAAAACUCACCGCAUAUUAACACUGUAAAUCACCUUUCCUCGAUUUUAUAUUCAUUCAUGGUUGAUUUGUUAGCCUACACUGCCGCGUUUAUUGUGCUAAAUCAUUGCCGUCACCUGAACAGUACAGUUAGGUCCUCUACUCGUCUGUAACCUGUCAAUUCACCAAUUUGACGACUCACAGAGGCCAGCUGAUGUCAAGAGGUGUCUAAUUCACAGCAGGUGGCUCUGUCAAUCGUUAAGACGAAGAUUGAAAUCUCAGUAUUGGUUUUUUAUAAACAGAAAAAGAAAAGAAAAAUGAAAAUAUAAUUCCAUACUGGGUGACUGGAUAUAUAUGUAUCACUUUCUCUCUGCUUGCCACAGUUGUGCUUGUUGGGUAUGUGACAUGGUUGUAGUGUUUGUGAGAGGGUGUGUCAUUUUGGAAUCACCUCGAGUGCCUGAGUAAUUAUAGUGCAACCGACAGAGCUGCUAAUAAGAGGAAUUUUCCGCCUGUCUAUAAGACGUAAGACGACGUCAGUUCAAUCAUCUUUAGUUGGUCGGCUAGCUUUGUUCGAGGAUGGAAGUCAAAGUCAUUUGUCUGUUCCAUAAUUGACAAAUUCUGGUUUUUGUGGCUUUUCGACUUGAUUAUAUUAGAAGAUUUGGAUUUUUCAUGGAAGAGAGUGACAAUUCCGAUUCCGAUAUGAAAGUUUUACCGAAGCCAGACCCUCCGGUUGUGGGUAAAGUGACGCACCACACAGUUGAACUCUACUGGGAGGAGACGUACAAGGAAGCAGUGUCACACGCCAAUGGGAAGUUCUCCAGAUUACGAACCUGUGUACAAGAACUCGAUUCGUCUAACACAUGGGGAAACAUAUAUGUAGGCUAUGCGAAGCGCCACGUUGUUACUGGCCUGCAGCCAACAUCACAGUACACAUACCGCAUCCGGUUCCAGACCAAAGAUGUGUCUGGAGAGUGGAGUGCUCAUGUCGUCGUCUCCACCACAAAACCACCGGUCACAGCCGAGGAUUUACACAGAGCCAUCAUACGCAAAGAUACUGCUGAAAUAGAGAGAUUGUUGGACACAGGGGAUGUCAGCAUAGAUGUUGCAGAUAAAUAUGGCUUCAGUCCUCUGAUGCAGGCCUCACAAAAAGGAGCCGCAGACAUUGUUAAACUUUUAGUGAGUUAUGGAGCAGAUGUUCAUCUAAAGAAUGAAGCCGGAAAAACCUGUUUGAUGCUGGCGUGUUUUGCGGGUCAGCUCGAAGUGGUGAAGCUGCUGCGUGAGGCCGGCGCCAGCUACACGGACUGCGACCGCGGUGGAUCAUCGGCGCUGCACUGGGCGGCCGACGGGGGAAACGUGAAACUCAUAGAGUGGAUGGUCAAGGAUGGCGCAGACGUCAACUUGAAGGAUCACCAUUCAGGCUGGACGCCGCUAUUACGCUGUGCAUCUGUUGGUGGAAGCAGGGAUGUGGCCUUGACCUUGCUAAUGAAUGGUGCUGAUAUUAACGCGAAGGAUAACGAUGGGAAGACAUGUUUAAUGAUCGCAAUAAUCAACGGACACCAGGCGCUGGUGGAGCUGCUACUGGCGCGGCGAGCGGAUGUAUACAUUGAGAAUCAGUUUGGGAAAACAGCUAUUGAAAUGGCAAAGUCAACAGAAAAAAGAAAUAUUAUCCAAACACUGGAGACGCACCUGGCCAAAAUCGGAAAUUUAAAAGCUUGAAAGGGAAACUAAUCAAGGGCAGAUAUGUGGCAAGCAAGAAUUGUGUCCCCUUGCUAACUUUGAAUGAUAUUACUGUGUCUGCAUGGUGUACAUGUGACACACACCUAGGCCGAAUGUUGAAGCUAGGACGGUGCAAUUGUUAGUUCUAAAAUAUCGUUGAAAUACUUUUACUACAGAUGUAUCUCUGUCGACCUCCCACAUUCACGGGCGACGACGAGGACAAACAAAAUAUGUCAAUUUAUUUAGAAUUUUCUUUUUAUCGUCAAGUUGUUGUUUUUUAAAAUUAAAACUAUUGUCUUUUAAAUUUCCUUUUGUUUUUAAUUGAAACAUUUCAGCAGUAGUUUUCACCUUUAAAUGUGGUGAUUUUUUGUUUAGUUUUUGCAAACAAGUCUUUUUAAAUUUUAAAUUGUUGCAUUUGUUUUCCAUCUGAACACAGCCAAGUACUAGAUAUGUUGUAUUUUAAAAGUUAAAUAAUAUUGUGUGUUAGCUGGAAGAAAAUAUCAGACAUAGACCACACUACCUUUUAAGUGGCACAAAAUGGUUUAAACAAUAUUUAUUCCCAAUUAUAAUGCUGGUUGGGGAUUGGCCAACAGGCAAAAUGCCUAUAUCAAGGCCUCUUCCUACAAUUUGAAAAUGUAAUUCAGGUUUACACAAGAUGACAGACCAAUGGUAAAUUCAAUGAUUCCAAAUCUUAAAGGCAUAUUCCCAAGGACAAGUUAACAAAUCUGUUCGCAACCUCAAGUCAAAGAAGGAUUAUAAAUAAAAGUACCCUAUAUUACUACUGAGAUGGAAGUAAAGGUGAGUUAUUUCUAUAGUCACGUGACAACCCCCGCUCUAAUAUGCCUUUAAGAGUUGCACAAAAUACAAGCAAAACUGUCUGAAACAUUAACUUGUUUAGUAUUCUAAAUACUUGUAAUACAGAGACAAAUAAUAAUAAUAAUAAUAAUAAAUUCUUUUUUUAGUGAGGGUAACUCGGUUAGCAAAAGCUAAUCUUCCUUGAGGCCCUCGGAUACAAACACAACAGAAUUACAAUAAAUACAUUUUUCAAUACAAAGUCUUUUUAAAUUUUGAAUUGUAGCAUUUGUUUACAAAGACAUUUUUCAUUAAGUUAUCACAAGCAUUAUAUUAUUGAUAAUAAUGAGAUGUUUGCCAGUUUGGUGAAGUCGCAGUACUGCCGUGUCCGUAUUGAACUACUGUACAGGACUGUGCUCUAUGCUUGCUAUCAGUUAACUUGUCUUGAUAUCACUUGGGCUCAUCAUACACAGAACCUGCAGUGGCUGCUGGGUAAUCAUCCUCCAUUAAGGUGAAACUCUGGUGUUAUGUUACCUUACAAUCCCAACCUCCUCCCAGUGCCACACUCACUCUUAAGUACUCUCAAGUCUAAAUAUAAAGUUACAUAAAAAUAAAAAGUUUAAAUAUUUGUGUCUGUUUGUCUCUCUUCUUCCUUUUUUGCUGGGGUGUUAAGACAUUCAUUUAGUUAACAUGCAUGACAAUCUGCGGAUUUGAAAGACAUUUAGGUCGUUUCUGUGAAUCGUCCAAUCUGAGGAGGGUUUUUUGGGGGGUGUAAGUACCUUUAUUUUGUCACUCAGAUGGUCUAAAUACAUUUUUCUCAAUAUUUCUAAUCUGCUUUCGUGCUGUGUUGGGUUACUUCACGCUUUAGACCUUCCCCCUCACACCCUUUGGCUGUGUACUGUCUGCUUUGAGCACAGUUCGCAAAGCUUUCAGCUGAUUUCAUCAAGUGUCAUUGUCAUGCCUGAGUUAAUCACUCUCAUCAAUUCAUCAUACAUAUUCCUUUGUUGGACACCCUAUAGCCUUUCUCUCUCACACUGAGAAAGAAAAGGAAAGGAAUAUUAGUUUAAUUACAUCCUAGCAUAUUAUAAGCUAUGCUUAUUUAGUGUCUAGAAUGCAGUUAUUUUGACAUUUGAUGAAGAUCAAGGUAAUAGUUACUCCUACCAAUAAACCAGCAAGGCUUUUUUUAUAUAUGCACUUUUUCAUAGGAAGGACAGUGCAUACCACAGCCUUUGAUCUACCAGUGCACUGGUGGGGAUGGGUAAUUGGUCUUACAGCCCAUCAUACUUAAGUCAUAGAUGAGUGCUCUACCUCUGGCUUCGUCAUCAAGUCCUCGGGUCAAAGGCUGCUAGGUCGUGGCUUCACAUCCCAGGACCUGUUCCUGCUCACAUCCCAGGACCUGUUCCUGCUCACAUGGAGCACAGCUAGGAAACCACAUAAACAUUCCUGUUAGCUACCCACUAACCAUUACUACAGACCACCAGAUUCAGUAUUUGCAAAACUGGGAGGGGGGAAAAGUUAAGCCUAUACCAAAUUUUAUUUUUGCAAACUUUCUACAAAUGGUAAAUCAGAAAUAUAGAAAUGCAUAACUGAUGUACAAUGAAACAAUCAUUUGUGGAAAUUGUGUAGGUCUGCACUACAGUGAGACCGGUCUAAAUUGGAAUCCUGUCAAUACCAGCUAGGUUGGAUGGUGCUGAAUUUUCUAAAUUAUGAAAUGUGACCCUCUGAAUGCCGGAUCUUGUGUAAAUCAGAUAAAUAUUAGGUCCCCAGCGUGAUCCAGUUUAGACACGUUUCAAUCUAUAUGUAUUAUAUGAACUAAAAUACACCACUCAGACUACCAGGUGUAGGCUUACCAAUAAUCAGUAAUCAAGUGUAGGCUUACCGGUAAUCAGUGUAGGCUUAUCGGUAAUCAAGUUUAGGCUUACCGGUAAUCAAGUGUAGGCUUACCGGUAAUCGGUGUAGGUGUACUGGUAAUCGGUGUACGCUUAUCGGUAAUCAAGUUUAGGCUUACCAGUAAUCAAAUACAAGCACAGAAAUAAAUUAAAUCAAAUCAAUAUAUUAAUGAUACAUGAAAUACUCGCACAAAUCAAAAAGUAAUUAUUGCACUUUAUUGACAAAAUAUAGCAUGAGUAUUGGUCUGACAGUAAAAUAACAAUCAAAACAUUUUCAGUAAAGAUGUACAUCCCAAGCUCCAACCGGUUCAUCACUUUUAUGAUAAUUCUUGAGGUUUAUUCAAAGAUGUAUUUCAGUAUAAAAUAUGUUAAAAUACAAAUAAAACCAACAUGCAAAUAUUUCUGGAGACAUAUUCUAGAGCGUUAUGAACACAAAACUUUGUUUUCAUAUCAUUUCAAUUUGUAAAUACACUUUUGUUACAAUGUUUGGAUUGGUCCAAAUAAUAUUGUGUGACUUAAAAAAACAGACGUUCACGACAGCAUGAAUCUCAAUUUUGCACUACAAAAUAGAUCAUUGAGCUAUUUUCUUUAUUUGUGAUUAAUAAAAUGAUUGUUUAUA